AUGGCUACACCGGGCAGCCCAGUAACAAUCAGGAGAGGUGAAGAGAUGGAGAUGGAAAAUCUAGAGGAAAGAAACAAAGAAACUGAUGAUUUGGGGGGAAACAAAGAAGAUCAGAGUACAGAAAGUACCAGUAAGUAUUUUUGAAUUGAUCUUUAGCGAUAAGUAUACCGUAUUUACCUCAGACCUCUGAAAAAGAAAUCGGAUUAGGGGAGUGCAGGGUCACAGUAUCGGUAACGAAGAUGAAAAUAUCAAAAUCCAGACCUUAUUAUCUAUGCUGUAGUACUUGCUAAUAUUGAUUAAUUUUACAGUAUUAGAUGUUCAGGGGAUGUUUUGAAGCAAAAGUACCAUCCAACAACAAAACAGGAACAAGGGAGCACAUGCAUGAAGCAUAUAGGUUUAUGCAAUAUAAUAUUUGACAGCAAAUUGAAAACAUAAAAACGUUUUGCUCUUUUUUUUCGUUGAUGAAUUUGAGACAAACUGAUUUGUAUAUAGAAUCGCUUUUCAACAUCUUAUGACGAAAUAUACGAAUCUUUCUUCCCUCAUCACUUUCUCGCCUCCACGAACAGUUUCAGACAGAGAGGGAGUGGAUUUAUGACAGCCAUUUGCUUUGUACAUCUCUUACUGUUUUGUCAAUAGAAUUUGAAGACUCACUGAGAAGUUCUUUAGAGAAAGGCAAAUUUGAUGAGAUCACUGACAAAAUAACACCGCGGGCUCUUACAAAAUGUAACACCAACGCUUUACUUAUGGCAAUGGAGGUAAGUUUGACACCUGACCCUGUUGUGAACGCGUUAAUUCUUCCCAAUAUAUCCUUUUUUCAGUUGUCUUUUUAUGACUUCACUUAAGGGAGAAUAAUGUAGGAAAACCUUUGAUUUUUGUCCUUAGAUAAGUUUAAUUAACAAUUCUGAACUUUAGAAAUGUGUCUCCAAAAAUUACCUUUUCACCUUCAGAAAUGUCCCAGAGACUGGGAACGAGUCAAGAAAGGCAAAUGACAUCAUGUGACGUCAGUUAAAGUUGAAGAUGAUCGGGGGGUGUGGACAAUGACAAUCCUUCUUAUUUGCUGCCACCUUGAAAAUCAUUCUACAUUCUUGCAAAUCAGAGAAUCAGAGAAUUCGCGUCUUUUGAAGGCGGAAAAUAAUCUUUGCAAGAUUCUUGACAAGUUUAAAUUUUGGAUACAUAUUCUAAGCAUAUUUAAGAAUAAUUAUGACAAAAGGAAAAUUCGUGCCUUAGGCUGGAAGAGUCUAUUGAACGCGGCAGUAUUAAUCGUAGUCUUCGAACACUAAAUGCCAAAUGAAGAUGACAAAAAAAGGAAGCUACGGUGGCCCACAACUGUUACGGCAAAACAAAAUACCUCACGGCAAAAACAAAACCUCACGGCAAAACCAAAAACCUCACGGCACAAACAAAAUACCUCACGACAAAACCAAGUAGCUCACGGCAAAACCAAAUACUUCACAGCAAAAACCAAAUAUCUCACGGCAAAAGCAAAUACUCACGGUAAAACCAAACCUAUUUUGUUUUUGCUGUGAAGUAUUUGGUUUUGCCCUGAGGUUUUUGGUUUUGCCGUGAGGUAAUUUGUUUUUGCCGUGAGGUAUUUUGUUUUUGCCGUGAGGUUUUUGGUUUUGACGUGAGGUAUUUUGUUUUUGCCGUGAGGUUUUUGGUUUUGCCGUGACAGUUGUGGGCCACCAUAGGGAAGCGCCUUAAAAGACGGAUAUACAACAUAUAACAACACAUCCCGGUUAUCACAACAUUUAAUAGAUGGCUACAAUAAUAGUACGCGCACUCCGGUCGGAGCGGACAAGGUUAUCUUGUAAUGACCGGGCAUCUCGGCGUGACGGCUCUUUUGAGUUCAUGAGUAAAAGCUACGAGCGCAAUGGUCAAAAACAACCAAAAAUACCGACAAUUAACAUACAACUAAUUUUUCAGUAACUGAAAGAAAAAUAUUUACCCUACCUAGCAUACUGAUACUUCUACACAGUACUGAGCGGCGAACAGGACCACUGCGAGAGCUAGUGUGUGUUGUGUUGUGUUGUUUUACAAUAGAGCUCAAUGGCCAUAUAAUAACGUAUUAACCUAGUCGUCCAUUCGGUCAUCACAGGGAAAUUUCGGAUAUCGGCCUCAAUGUAUUGACCUCAGUUUCGGUUAACAAGUGGUAUGAAAUAUAAAAAAACGGUUAUAUAACACAUAAUCAAUAAUCAACGAUAUAAUCAAAAUAAUCAUCAUAUAAUCAGUACAGCCGGAUUCGAAACACGUUUCGAACUUUUUUCAAGGAAUGGGGGAAGAAAUGGGCUUUGUCUUACGAGGAAGGAGCUGGCAGCCGGUAAGAAUUGGGAAAAUUCGGUGAAAUAAGAUCGACCGAGUUCGUCUGACUCAGUAGACUGGAAGUUGAAUGGUGGGAAUGAAUUUCUGUCAAAGUCCAUUUUGUCAAUACUGAUCGGAUUGUGUAUACUUUAUAUGCUUUUGUAUAAGGUUCCUUUAUAAAAAAAUAACACCGAAAAAACAUGACAAACAAAUUUAAAGCCUUUAUCGCCAUUAAUUGCACAGGUGAAUUUUAAGCUCCACCGCUUAGCAGGGAGGAAAGGAUCUGAUGAAGAAGAUUUUACCAAGUUAGCGAACUCAGUGGACGAGUUUACCAGUUGUUUACUUGACCCUUUAAAGUCCAAAAAGGAAGCUCGUCAUGCCUAUAGGGAUUCUUUGGAUUAUCUUUUAGACGCUGGCAUUGAAAUGAAGCAAAAGAAGGUGAUUUAAUUUUUUUAGCUCUGUAACUUCGUAUUUAAAUGUAAAUGGCAGUGAAGGGCUAUCACGGAAACUGCGAAUGCUUUUUGGAGAUAAUUCUGGAGUAGAAUAGUUUUCCAAGUCAACUUGCACUCUUUUAUUGCAGUUUUUCACUCAUCCAGUAAUGAACAACUUGAUGACGAAAAAGUGGUUCGGGACAUUCGGUAAAAUGAAGAGAUCUUCCUGGCUGGAGGUUGGACGGUGGAAAUGGCUUUUUCUCAACAUUUGGUGUUUAUUUGACAUUUUCAUGUUCCCAUUUUUGUUUACUAUGUUUUAUAUCAAGCAUUGCUUUAACAAAGCUACACGUCGAAGCAAAGGUAAACAAGACAUUCACUUGUUAACAACGAUAGGAAAGCUAAUAGUGGAUGUUGACGGCUUGAUUAAAUAGUGAUCAAUAAUAAUAAAUACUAGUAAUGAUAAAAAGCAAGAAGCAAACAAACAACUCUGAGCCUCUUGUAGACCAAACAAGAGAGCAGCGUUGUAACUCAAGUUCGUAGAUGCUCAAACUGGGUUGGUUGCCCACUAGGGAGCAACGGGACUGGCACCUGCAUUGUACUUAAAGCAGCCCAAAAGGCUUUGUACCAUCAACAGUAGCCAAGAAAUGAGAAACUGUUAGCCACUAUAGAACGCUACGCUUUAGUGAGACAAUAAACCUUGUAAUACCACUGGUAUCGAGUACCUUUCAGGACAGUGAAUCCAAACUGUUUCAAUUCCCUUCCUGCUCCGAUUAAAUCUUGCAUCAAUUUUUGAUCUUUCUCCAAACAGACCGUCAAUAUUUUAAAAGAGCGAAGUAAAAAUGUAGUAAUGUAAUAGAUUCAAAUACAGUUUUCAAAAAAAUGACAAACCUGUCAUGCGAUUUGUUGAGACAAUAAUAAUUUAAUCUGAAAAAUUAAACAAGUUCAACACCAUUCCAUGACAAUCCAUCUGAUGUAAUUUAGUACAUUUGACUGCAAGACAGGAAAAAGCAUAAAAGUAAGGCUGGGACCACUCGACUCUAGCCCGAGUUUUACUGAGUAAUACGUUUUCAAAAAGGGAUUAAGAAUGUCGCAUUUAUAAAGGAAUCCGUCUUCGGUACAUUUUUACAAAAGUACUGCUCUUUCAACAGAGAUGGACAUUACCUUUAUUAUAAACGCAACCUCAGAUGUCGCAAAUGUUGCCUUGGAAUUGAUGAAGGGUACCAUAAAUACCUUGCUGCGCAAGUACAAGAAUAACCAUCAAGUGAAGUUCCAGAUCUUAAUUCACGGAAAAGAUGACUCUCCGAGGGAGAUUUCUUUGAAAGAUGGAGAGAACAUAGAAUUAAAAAGAGAUACCGAGGUUAAAACUCCUGCUCUUCAUGAAGAUCUGAAGAAAGUAACACAGACAUCCAGUCAGUAUGUUCAGGUCAGUAUGUGUUAAUAAUAUAGAAAAAGCGUGGUUCCUUUUUAAAUUAGAGUUUUGGUUGGCAAGUUGAAUUCACUGGAGAUGCAUGAGCCAACGUUGCUCAUAUUACUUGAUGAAGCCAAGCCUGAUAUUUCAACUUAAACAGAAGGAGAUCAAGAGGUCGCCAGUAAAUUCUUCUGUUGACUAAUUUCUCCUCCUUUUCCACUUAGCCAUUUUAAGCAGCUUUCUGCAAGGCAUAUCCCAAAAUUAUGUGCUUUAACGCUUAAAAGAUGGCUGCCUAGCGCCUAUGCCCAAAUUCCUUUUGUGUUUUUAUGAACUUUUUACUGAAACAGGUAACCCUUAGGAGCGGGCAAGAUAAGCUCACCUUGCCUGCUCGCUGGGCUAGUCAUAUAAUAAAACUACUUUCAAUUCGUUAAAAUCUUAGCCUCCCUUAAUUGCAGCUAUUUUUGCAACGUCACGCAACGUUCCUCCCCAAUAUAGAGGAGAGGAUCUGGACUUAAGUCAGCAGCGUCCAACGUCUACAGCUAAUUAAAACUGAGCCUGGAGAUGCUAAUUUAUUGUUUCCAACAUUGAUCUAGGUUCUGGUGAUCCUUACAGACCAUAAAGUUUGUGAAAGGCAUAAAAAAGAACACGUUAAAGAAGAAAUUAAGAAAGUCGAAGAAAAGGGAUUUAAGAUAGUGCCAGUGGGCAUCGGUCCGCAUAUUAACGUCCGGGAAUUAGAGAGGAUCAACAAUGACAGGAGUAAGGUCAAGCGCUUUGGAGAAUACGCAAAUCCGGAAAUUGUAGGGAAAAGUAUUUUGCACGGUAUGUUGCUAUUUGGUAUAAUCGAACUUCGAAUACUUCUUGGCGCAAAAUGGGGAAAUAUUGAGUAAGGCUUUUUUCUAGACAGGUGAAAUGUAGAAGUUACUUUUGGUGUUUUUGCUUCUUUGUAACGUUCAGCUGUCGUGUGAAACUAUCUAGGUGGACACCAUGUCACCUGUUCGGUAAAUCUUGAAAACGAUCUCCAUAUCUAAUGAGUGUUCAGUCGUUUUGAAGUUACCUAAACAUGUCCUUUCUUAAUUUGAAACUCGCUGAUCACAUUUAAUUGAUUUAUCCUUUUUGUUGAAUGAAAUAUAAAAUAAUAAAAAUUGGCAAAUGGGCGUCGUAGAGUCAGCGAUUAAUGGGCAUUCGUUACGUUUUUUGUUAUUUUAUUUCAGUUAUUCUAGUAUACGUUAGCAGGAGCCGAAACGUUCCUAAAACCAACAUCACAAUGUUUAUGAAAAAAUUGCUUUGUAGUGUACUACAGCGUUUUACGGAAACUGAUGCAACUCUGAAGCUUUUUGAAGUCCCCGAGAUUUUCAUCCCUAAAUUUAAAUAUUAAUAGGCAUGAAUAAUGCAGGUGUAUUGUUGCUUAUCUGUUUAUUCUUUUAUUUAUUAGAACUUCACGGAAUAGAUUGGAUUGGUAAGUUUUUUCUUAACACAAUGUACUUUUUUUGACAGUUAUGUUUUUGUUAAUCGGCCGACUUACUUUCCGAUGGUCGCCGUUUUUCUCCAACUGGAAAUUCACCUGUGUUCGCAGGCUUUUUAGUAAUUCUACCGAUUUAUCAGAUUGAAAUAGAAGUUACUACAGAUACUUACAGAGAGUUACAAGUCAGGUUGGACCCUUAAGCAUAGCGACGUCUCAGAUGUCACAGCUGUUUUGUAUGAUUUAGGAAAAAAGGAAGACAACUUUGACGUCAGAAACCCAUAAGGGGUUGAAACGUGUAACUCGCGUUCAGUGCUCGUGAAUAUUCGUUUUGACCAUAUUUGGAAACCAUAGUGACGGAUAUCCAUUUUCAACAAAAUGGCUACUGCGCGAUCACGAUGCAGAUGUUUUAAGACAAGAGUUCUGCAUUUCAAGGUUAAAAAUACGCCGUUAAAAGACAAAAAAUGGAAAGAGAAAGUUCAAAAGAAUGCUCAGCUUUCUUUUUGUGGAAAAAGGGAAGCUUUUCAUCAAGAAAUCGUCCUUCGAGGAAUUCAACCUUGUUUUCUUCACGGCGGAGCCCAUGGUCUGUUUUGAAAUGCAGCCAGGCGCUAAAGAAAAAUUAUGAAAUGUGCCCUGAUUUGAGAUGGAUUUUGUGUUGAAUUUUGCCAUGUGCUUAGCUGAUUUCACUUGCGUGAACGGAUCCACGAUCCAGAUCCACCGAUCCACAAUCCAGUGUUUUCCGAAUUGCUUUAAAGGAUUAACUUUUUGGACUUUGAAUAAAAAUUUUCAAGAAACGGCUUCUCUGUCUAUUGUUUUGAGUUUGUUCAUUCAUAAAAUUAGCUCAAAACACGAUCGUGACUACAACAUCAAAGUUUAAUUUAAGCUUGUAAAAUGCUUCUCACAUUCAUUACAAGCAUCACUUUUUGCGAAGAUGUCAGGUUCAGGUUUUGGACACUUUUCGAUAAGCAGCUAAUGAAUUUUAUUCGAAAAUAUUUUUCGCUGUUUAUUCUAGACUUUAACAUAAGAAUUUUAAAAGCCUAUUUGCAGUAUAAGUUUACUGUGCAGAGGGUCAACGAGGCAUCGUUUUUUGAAGUGACAAUUUCAAGAAGUUGCGAGGCCGUCAAUAGGUUUCAUAAUGUUACGUUUGGCCCGGGUGGUAAGGCAAUAAUAGAGACCUUUAGCAUUAGGUAAACCGCAAACCGCAGUUACGCGUUUGCAGUUUCGCGUUGCCGAGAUUUCAAACUUUAGCAAGGCGUUCAGUUCAGUUCCGUUCACUUUUAUUUAGCCAAAAUACAAUACAAUACAAGAAUACAUAUAGGAAUUGUAAGGUUGCAAGGGAGCCCAGAAGAAACCAGAAGGCUUUAUGAAGCCUGAGCUCCCCUGUCUAAAAGAAAUAAGCAAAAUAAAAUGAUAUUCGCGGAGUGAUACGUUAAAAAUAGGAACCAAACAGAGACUGAGUUAAGUCAUGAAUUCAGUAACAAGAUAGAAAAAAAAAUUUAACUCUGGAUUGGAACAGAAUACUUUCCAUUGUUAGUGCGGCAGAAAGGAAUAGAAAAUUGAUUUGAACUACGCGUUCAUUUGUUUAGGCCCGCCAUGUUGUUUUCAUCAAGUCGAAGUGCAUCACUUUAACCGCCCAAAAUCAAUUUUUUGUGGUAAAAAACCUUGCCGUAAAUCACUUACCGCUGGAAGCCCCUCCUGCGGUUCAAACGUGAACUGCAAACUGCAAACGUGACCGCAAGGCCGUGGUCACAUGACAUUUUGCGGUUUGCGGUUUGCCGUUUCCCACGAAAAACCCGAUAAUAAAGGUCCAUAAUAUCCUGCUCGGUUUCAGUAAUAUUCCUGGUUUCAACCUUUGAAAGCUUUCUCGGCUUUCGGGAGUUUUUCUCCCGUUUGUCGGCCAUUUUUUUAAGCGGGCGCGGGAACCUGAAGGAAAAUUACGUCACGUUGUUUACGAAGUUUGAUUGGUCAGUUAUCUCUUCUUCUUGUUCCAAAUAUGGUACUUUCUAAAAUGAAUAAUCACGAACAUCGGACAAAGCAAACAUAUGAGAGUUACACGUUUCAACUCCUUAUGAGUUUCUGUGACGUCUAAAGGCAUCUCUUUUGUUUACGGCAGAUACGUUAGUAAAUCAUUUUUGGAGAAAUUUUAAACUGAUCUGGCUCCCAGCUGAAGAGGGAAGGGAUUUUGGUUUGCUUAAGUUGACUUUUAAAGCAUUUCACUCUAAGCAGUGGCCUUCAUAUUAGAACUUUGAGAGAGUCUCUAUAUGUAGACGUUUGCGCUCUUCGGACAUCUGUAAGAUUACAAGUUCCUGUGGAAAAAAGAACAUUCCAGGACACUGCGGCCGCCCUUUUUAAUAAUCUUACUCAUAAUCUGAAAAAGUGUGACGGUUCUAAUCUAUUUACUUCGCGCUGUUUUAAAUUCUUAAGGAACCGGGCACAGAUCAGGUCAACUUAUCUUAAUUGUAUUAAAGUUUACUGGGAUUAUUGUAAAUAUUUUCUCUUUUAAUCGUUAUUUAUUCUAUUUUUUUAGUAUAUUUUAUUGUAAAUAAUCGAUACACAUUUUCAGUUUUUAGUUUUUUAAUAGCAAAAGAUAAAGAGCCACAAUGUGGAAACCUGGUUAUCAAACAUAUUACUUAUUUACUCACCGUAAAAGCCUGCAACAAGAAGGCUCUCCAUUUGGGAAUCGAGAGAGGGGGCUAAUGAUCAUUCACGUGACUUUUUACGCUCGCGAUUUGCAAAGGAAGAGCUUGCUAGAGGCUGUGCCCUUUUGGACGAAAUUGACGUUAAGUAAAGAUCAAUCGUGAAGUUUGAUAACAAACUCAACCUAAAUAAAUCUGCAGGCCAGAAAUCGAGAAUUGGAGAAGAGAGAGUGAGGGUUUCUAAACAGCCGGAAUAGCUGAACCUCUUAAGACUUGUCCCAGCAACGAAAAAUUCCAAUACGUUUUCUUACUAGUGGUUCCUAAAGGAGGUUUAAGAGCUAUGGGUAGAUGCUUAAGUAACAUGCAUUGUAUUUAUCGAGCACGAAAGAUGCUGGCAAAAUGAGGGAAUUUAUUUGGAAACAGCGUCCAUAUUUUUUGUGUCCUUGCCUGGCCAUUAGGUGAUAUAUAAAACAGUUAUUGCUAUUGUUAUGGUAUAUUUAUGUAUAAUUCUUAUUUUAUGUAUCAUUCUUGUCCUUACUGUGUUUGCAGAACGUUACCAAGAAUACUUUACAACUCCCUACUUCGUGUUCAUUCGAGACACGCUCAGCUACCUGGCACUGCUUGGUUUACACUUCGCUCUUUGUCUUGAGACAUCAAGCAUCCCGUUCAGCGGUCUAGAGUGGGCUAUUUUGGUGUUCUUCCUGGGAAGGAUCUUGAUGGAAAGUCGACAGUUCCUAGGUGUCCAGGAACAACUCAAAGGUGACUCUGCAACUAAGAAAUCAAGGGGACCAAAGGCGGAGGAAAAGAAAUCAACUAGGAAUUUAAGAGGAUCAGCGUACCAAUUCUGCGGUGAAGAAGCAGAAGAAGAAAAAGGGAAAGCAGCCAUUUUUCUACAUAGAUGCAAAAAAUACUUGAGGUAUAACAUAACAACUUUAACAUAACAUAACAACUUUAUUUAAGUGUCGAUGUCCUUAGCUUAUAAAAGCUAAUUGGAGACACUAAAAUAAUGGGGAAAAAAAAAGAAAAAAUUAUAAAUGAGUUUAUACAUGGUAUCAUUAGGGUAAAUUUAUAAUUCUCUAAAAUCUAACAUUUAUAAAAAGUUAAAAUUUAAAAGUUAAGAAAAUACGGAUAAAUAUAGAAAAAAAUGGUAAAAAUAUUUCUAAAGAACUACAAAGUUCCACAUUUUAUUGGUGGUUGUUUAUUAGUCGUUGUUGCUGUUAGUGGUGGUGUUGUUCCUUUACAUUUUUCAUUGUUUUUAACUACAUAUAUAGAAGUGAAUAGUUCCAGUUUGAAGAAUCUUUAACGGACCUUCUUUUUGAAUUUUGGAAAGUGUUGUAUUCAAGGUCGAGGUUAAUUAAAUAUUAGCUUCCAUAAAACUCUAACUUGUUCUCUACCAAAUAACAACAAGCAUCUUACGACACUAUUUGCCUUGACAAUCAACUCACAAUGCUUCGCAUAUUGUUUUUGUUUUGUAGUUAAGUGAUAUUUAAGGAUUUAAUAAUGGCUUUUUGAGAAAAAUUCACUCAGUUAAAUAAAAGAGGAAGGGAAGAGAAGAGCGGUGGAUGAAAAAGGAAGGCUCUAAUCUCAAUGAAAAUUUUCCAUUUCUGUUUAAUCCGAUACAAAGAUAAUUUAUAUAUUCUAUAGAGAUCGAUGGAACAUUUUGGAUUUCAUCGCCCUUCUGAACUACUUAGUGACCUUUGUACUCAGAGUAGUCACGUGGAACUUGUCAGAAUCUGUCACCGACAAUCGAGCUCUCGUUUUUUCUGGUUAUCUGUAUGGCCUUAAUACCAUGUUCCUUACACUUCGAGCCUUUGGUCACGUGAUGGAAACAAUCAAGGGGAUUGGUGCCAUUCAGAUCGCUUUGUUUCAAAUCAUCGGUGACGUGAUAACGAUAUUCUGGCAGUUUAUUGCAACUAUUUUGGCGUUUUCUUUCUCCAUUACCAAGGUGUACAUGGCAGAAAGAUCAUUCAUUUCCAACAAUAAUGGCACGGAAUCGUAAGUAGAGUACAUCUUUAGCGUAGUAUAUUACUAGGUGAUGCAAGACAUUUUCUAGCUACUUAAAAAUGCAGGAAUGGGAUUGAAUACCUAACACAGUAACAGCUGUCUCUAAUGCUACUUUUUUUUCUUCCCGACUAACAGUAACGUUAAUUUGUGUUUAUACAGUAUACUAAUAUUGACUGUAAGACAUGUUAUAGCAAAGGACAGUAUAUAGAACUCAACAUGAGCUGCCAACAAAGGUAGUUACGUGUAUUUAGAUCCUCAUAAUCUAAAUACACUUAAAAAGCAGUUUGUUAUCGUCCGAUGGAGUCAAAUCUGCUCUUAAAGAUUUACUUUUUGUAUUCGUUUAGAGAUCAGUCGUUGGCCCCGGUCGAUGUUGUACACCUCGCCUCUUUGAGACAUCAUCAAACGCCAUAAGCUUGACUUCUACUUUUAUACAGACGAUACACAAAUCUAUUUGGCCUUUAAGUCAAAUGCAGCCUAGACUGUUCACAGUCCCCUAUUUUUUCAUGAGAUCGUUUAAACAUACCACGUCUUACCCUCACGGCUAUCUUGAUUUUCAAUUGUACGGGGGGGCGUCGGGUAUUAUAGCUGGAGGGGGGCGAGAUAAUUUUUCUAUUUUUCUCGCUUCCUCCCAAACCGCCCCCGCCCCCUAGGUAGUUUUGACACUCAUGCAAGAUGGGUAGCCCGUAACGCAAAGCUCUCGAUCUCGAUGAUCUUACGGAAAAAUAGAGGACUGUGAACAGUCUAAAUGCAGCCGAACAACAAUAGCAGCAGGGUUUUUUUUUCAUUUGCGCAGUUUAGCUGAGAUAAGGGACUGUUUAUCUAUAUCCGACACAGAAGCCUUAGUUCACGCCUUUAUUAGCUGUAACUCUUUGUUGUACGGUUCCCCUAAAUUUUUUAGCGAUCGUUUUCAGAAUUUACAGAACUCUGCAACUCGACUUAUUGCACGCAGCAGGAAGUACAACCGCAUCACGCCCAUUUUAAACAACUCCACUGGCUUCCAGUCAGACAUAUAUUAUUUAUAAAUUAUUACUAUUGUUUGUAUAAACACUUAAUGGACUAGCACCUGCCUACAUUAAAGAUUUGCUACAGCCAUAUCGGCCAGGAACCAACCCAAUCCUCAUCACGGAUCCUUCUUAUUUAAAAGUACAAUGGACGGAUAACCAGUUGCAAAAAUGUUGGUCAAGACACUCUCACGAAAAAACAACCUAUCAUGCUUCAAACCGCUGCUAUUCACAGGUCUGUGAGAUAUAAUAAUGACCUCCCUCCUCCCUCCCAUUCAGAGUUGUUCUUCCAAGUUUUGAGCAUGGUCUUGUAUUGCUAGCAACUUUGGUAAGGAGUGGAGGGGGGAUCACUAGCACAAGAUCAUGGACAGGCCAUUUAAGCCAAAAUACGGUACAGUGUCUCAAGUACUUUUACAACUGGUUGUAGCUAUAUGGCCAUAGGUACGUCGUUGUCUUUCGCAGCCCCUACCCUUUCGAACUCACUUCUAGACUAUAUGCGCACCAGUGACUCAUUAUCAUAAUUUAAAACCAACAUUACUUUUUUUAGUAAGACUUAGCUUUUUAAACAUUGUUACGAGGACUAGUUUAUUUCAGUUUUAACGAAUGCAAUUUAUAGAAGUUCUUAAUUACACGUUGUCAUAAACUUUGGAUAUUUGCUAAGUACAUAUAUGUAUGCAUUGAUGUAACUAUUUAAUUCAUUUCUUUUCCUUUUAUGAAUUUUGUUCAGUUCUAUUGAGCUACUGGAAAUAGCGCUAUGUAAAUAAAGUUUCGCAUCAUUUAUGAUCUGAUUAUUACUAAACUGACGAACCACAAUUAAACUAUUCAAAGCUGGUGAUGACCCUAGUUUUGUACGGUUUAAACGUUCUAAUUGCUUUCCUGUUUCCAUCAUUAUAGUGCUUGCAAAACGUCUAGUGGAUUAGCUUGGUAAGUUAUUAUUUCUUCUCGAUGGUCGACUUAUUUCACAUGCCAAAUGUUUCUUAUUGAAUGUUACCGGCGUUCAUUUAAAUGUACCUGGAAAAAGUACCUUAGGAUCAAGGUAAUUCACGACCACUGAGGCUAUGUUCACACUACAGUGGAUAUCUUUGCGCCCCCAUGAAAAUCAGAACGGAUAAGGCUCCUGUUCACACACAAGAACGGUUGUGGCGGGGGAAUUUCUGUGACGGAACAAGCUGCACCGCACCGAUCUCGAAAGUAGUCUAUUCCGCAGCCGUUCUUUAUGCUGUCACUUAACGCUCCUCCCCGUGAGAGCGGUUGUGUAGCAGACUACUCUCGAACGUGGAGCCUCACUUGUCGGAUAGCUUUUCUGCCAUACUUUGGUGCAGUGUGAACACCUAUUCCAGCUGUCCGUCGCGCAAGUAAAUACGUAGUACCAAGGACUGGAACCCACUGAGACGGAAGCAAAUAUUCAGGAGUGAGGACCGGAAUUUCGUGCACCAAACCCUCUCGGCCAACUGCUCCGGCGUGAUGUUCGAUGUGUGUGAACGAUUUUUGCCGCCCCUGCCGUUGCUGUUCAUACUAUACGAGAUAGCUUUUCGUGGCGUCACGAAGAGCUACCAUCCGCUGUAGUGUGAAGAGAGCCUAAGACAACGGAUAUUAGAUAAAUACUCUUGUUAAACUGAAAUUUGAAUUUUGAGGCAACGUGAGAGCUGAUAUAUAAACUAUUGAUUUAAGUGUUACGUUGUGUUAGCUUAGCCUCCUAAAAUGUUAGAAAGAGCGAUAACGUUGUAGUUGGCCGGAUUAAGGAUAGAGAUAGCUUUAAGGUGACUCGACCCAGUUUUUUUGGGAAGGUACCAUCCUACUUUGAAGCUCUCUGGUAUCCCCACCUUUACUUUUAUCGUAAGUCUAACACAUAGAAUGGAUAACAUAUAGAUCAAUCUACAAUAUAACAUAAAAUUUUGGGCGAUCGGAGUAAAUGUCACGUGGUUAUAAUGCCACGCCCUUUGAGGUCUGAGUCGAAAAUCUGCGUUGCCGGCAUUUUUUCGUGAAAAUCUCUCGGCUACACAUAAUGCGCAUUAGUGCCUUGCGCUGAACAGAGUUUCACCAAAAUCGCAAAGACCCAAUUCGAGAAAUUCAGCGGUUUCCAAAUUUAGGUCAUAAUUUAUGUGAAAAUGAUAAGCAAACUUUACACGAUUAUAUCUAAUAAACUAUGAGAUUCAUCCCUUUAUUUUGCGCAUCGCUAUAACAGAUGGGUCCUUGCAAGUCAGCAAAACGCUUUAGGGCCUUGUAAAUGCGCCCGAUUUCGAGCAAAGCAAACAUAUAGAAAUUAUAGUUUUCGCUAUUUGUUGACGUUUGUCAGCGUUUAAGAGUCCUUCUCACGAAAAAAGCAUUUUCUUGAAAAUUCGUAGCUUUUUUUCCUUCUUUUUCAAGGCCACAAUUGAUUAACUAACUACCCGGACUAUGAAUUUCAUGGUCAUUGAAAAACUGUGACAUUAUGUUCUAUAAUCCCAAACUUGAGUAAACAUUGAAGAUUUUUAGCGUUUUGGCUGAGUUUGUGCUUUGGGAGUUGUCUAUUGUUUUUAGUCUGUCAUUAUACAGCAUUCUUGUUCAGCAGGCGUGCAAUGACCACGCUUGGCUGACUUCCGAAUGUUCACAGAGAUAUGAUAAUUUAGUAUGAGAAAAUAGAAGGGACUCUCGUCACAAGUUGGUUUAAUUAUUGGCUUGCAUUAAACCUAUGAAAAAAUGAUAUCUUUUUUAAUAGUAAGUAGAUUUACUUUGUGGCACUUCUUGAUUUUUUUGCAAAGGCAGAAGAAGCACGAGAAUUGAUUAAAAAUUGUGAGUUAAACCUCUAUGUAUCAUGCGAUGGCCUGUCUCACUGUACCAAAAUUAUCUUAUCUCGGUGAGCAUUUGGAAGUCAGCAAGCGCGGUCAUUGCACGCCUGCUGAACAAGAAUGCUGUAUCAUGACAGACUAGAAACAAUAGACAACUCCCAAAGCACAAACUCAGCCAAAACGCUAAAAAUCUUCAAUGUUUACUCAAGUUUGGGCUUAUAGAAGAUAAUGUGACAUUUUUUCAAUGACCAUGAAAUUCAUAGUACGGGUAGUUAGUUAAUCAGUUGUGGCCCUGAAAAAAUUUGAAGGAAAAAAAGCUACGAAUUUUCAAGAAAAUGCUUUUUUCGCGAGAAGGACUCUUAAACGCUGACAAACGUCAACAAAUAGCGAAAACUAUAAUUUCUAUAUGUUUGCUUUGCUCGAAAUCGGGCGCAUUUACAAGGCCCUAAAGCGUUUUGCUGACUUGCAAGGACCCAUCUGUUAUAACGAUGCGCAAAAUAAAGGGAUGAAUCUCAUAAUUUAUUAGAUAUAAUCGUGUAAAGUUUGCUUAUCAUUUUCGCAUAAAUUGUGACCUAAAUUUGGAAACCGCUGAAUUUCUCGAAUUGGGUCUUUGCGAUUUUGGUGAAACUCUGUUCAGCGCAAGGCACUAAUGCGCACUAUGUGUAGCCGAGAGAUUUUCACGAAAAAAUGCCGGCAACAGCAAAUUUUCGACUCAGACCUCAAAGGGGCGUGGCAUUAUAACCACGUGACAUUUACUCCGAUCGCCCAAAAUUUUAUGUUAUAUUGUAGAUUGAUCUAUAUGUUAUCCAUUCUAUGUGUCAGACUUACGAUAAAAGUAAAGGUGGGGAUACCAGAGAGCUUCAAAGUAGGAUGGUACCCCCCCAAAAAACUGGGUCGAGUCACCUUAAACAGAACCGAUAAAUUUUGCCAAAAUGUUUCUAAUGAAUGGAAUUUCCAAGAGUGGUAUCUUUUUCAUCUUUCUUACUUGAGUAUUCCAUGAUGCAGUAGCAAAUCUGAGUGAAACAAUUUUUUCCCAUAAACUAGUAGUUUCCAAUGUAAAGUGAAGUGCAGCGAGUAAAGCAUGACAUUGAAUCAGCUGCAGUUUUUUUCGAUUGUUGAUAUUUGACAUUAACCGUGUCGAAUAACUGUGCAUGUAACGCUACACUACACGAAGGCGAUCGAUAAAAACUGAAUUUUGAACCAAAAUAAGUAUUUAGUAUCAAGCUACACUGUAAAAGUCCGUGAGAAUAAAUCAGCGUAUUAUUUGUCUGAAACCUGUGCAUGAUUAAGUCAAGAGCACGCUAGCGUUGCAGUGAGUGAAAGAGUGAAUUUCCAAUCGAGUUCAAUGUUACACUGGUUGAACUCUUCGCAAGCUUAUCAAAUCAUUUUAAAUCUUUGCUUCCGUCGAGUAUAAAACGUUUUACUACCAAGGGAGAAUAAACCUUGUCACACUUUCUAGAAACGUUCUUAAUAGCUAAAUCAUUUUAUCAAUUAAAUAAAUACAACAAAGCCUGGUUAAAUACUGAAUUUAGCCAAAACACCGCUUUUAUUUACCGUAAAGUUCCAAGAAUUGCUUGGAAUAUUCUGAAUAUUCACUUCAAUUCAGGGGAAUUUUUUUCCUUUACUUGCAUUUACACUCGCCGCUUGCAAAAACGUGGCUUUCUACCUAUACACGAAACAGGAUUUCUCCCGAGCUUAAAGUUUUCCACAUCACGCUUUAUUUGUGUUCUGCGUGUUCUUUUGUUUUCUUUCUGAAUCGAUCGACUACGAACGAAAGAGCCUCGAUUUCGAGGACCAAAACUGAAAUCGAUACAAAAAUCUCAAAUGAGGCUGGCUUCGUGCACAGGCAACCCAGGCUGGUACGUACGCGACCUGAACUAGUCUGCAGGCUUGGCAGCAAAAAGUAUUAUCUGUAACAUGACAAGUUAGAUAAUUUGGCGAUAUUAUAACAUAUUUAACUGUGUAAAACUGACUGGUGUUCAAGAUAGCACCCUCACCCCUCACCCUAACCCUCACUCUCCUCUAAUAAUGCCAACAAUGAUUUGGAUAAAAACCCACCAAUCAUAAGUAGUGAGGUCCGUGAAACAUCAAUCAUCAACAACCAGGGUGGCAAACAAGUACUGUAGUCCCACUCAAUAAAUCGUCAAAUGAACACCUGAAGUACGGGGUAGAAACGUCGCGAUCACUAUCUCAGUGACAAUCGUAAGACAACGAUAGACUAAACCGUUUAUUAAUCUUUAUACUAAUUAACUUGCUGUGAUUUUUCUUGUUUUCAUCGACCCAGUUGGUGGAGCAUGACAAAGCUCCUUACCUGGUCUUUGUUAGGAAUAGCGGAGUUGGAUCCUUUGGACUCAGUGGACAGUACAUCAGAGAUUAUUGUGCACUUUCUUUUUGGAACAUUUCUUGUCGUGGGAGUCAUUCUGCUCGUUAAUAUGAUGAUAGCUAUACUGUCUAACACUUACCAGCGAGUUCAGGUAACAUCGACGGCAUAGCUACAUAGCUAGUGUAGGCCUGUAAUUAUGAAAUGUUUAGGACAUUUUUUAAUACAGUAGUCUAGAACUAUAAAGUAUUUUUUAAGUAUAGAGCAAUAUGCAAAAUGAGAGCGUGAUAGCAAAUGAUAUUUUUAUUGUUGAAACUAAUCUUUAAGAAGUAUAUGUUCUAAAUGUUCUUAAAGUUCCUUAUUGGUCCAGGCGCGAGAAAGGCACAUGAAAGCACUGUCAAUUACUAAGAUAUCGUCAAUAGCUGCUGCACAAAAGCAAACAAGAAAAACUCUAACCCUGUUGUUCAGCGUUAUUUUAAUUUUCCAUUUAAGCAAGGAACCUUAAAUAGCACCGGAAACUAAAUCACGCAGGAAGUUAAGUUGUCCCGAAUUGAUUGACAGUUAGAUAAACAUUCCUUGAUGUAGAGAGUCGCGCAAUUGUUGGCGAAAUAAAAAAUAUGUGCUGGUUUGUUUUGCAUUUCUUGAAGUUAACUUAAAGCGGAAACCUGAGGAGAAACACCAGUUAUGUCUUAACAAUUUGAGUAUGCACUGUCUAAGAUAUUUUUACGGUAGCAGCUAAUUGAGAGUAAAUAUUUGUGGUUUUCUCUUUCGUUUUGUUGAGGAUAACUCCUUGAAAGAAUGGUCGUUCAAGAAAGCCAUAACGAUCCAGACCUACAGCACUUACCAUCCAAUACCGGUACCUCUUAACCUGAUAUCACAGUUCUUUCUUUUGACAAAAUGGUUGUGUCUUCUGUGUGCAAGGCAAUGCUGUAAAAGACAACCGGAGACGAAAGUGAGUAACUUUGUACAUGACGCAAACUAUGUUACUUAGUUUAUGUUAUGGAACAGUAAAAACACCCGCAAAACCAACUUACCCUCUUGUCAAAUAGGAAGCAAAGUGAAAUUAAACGAGAACCACCAAUCCCGCCUGUAAACAACGGUGAUUUUUGAUUUCACAAGACCUUUCUUGCCUCAAAGAUCAUGUAUACGGGAGACUAUAUGUCAAUAGCUGUGGUCACACUACAGACUUAAAUUACCUAGGUAAAACCGAUUUACCUAGGGCAAAUUCAUCAAAAGUCUCCCGAGGUAAAUUCAUCUCGGGUUUUGUUUUACCUAGGUAAAAAUUCUGGGAAGGUCACACUAGUGAUAUCGGCUCCCAAAGUUUCCACGCGAGUUAAAUUUUUUGGAGCUUAAAUUCAAGAACGCAAAAUUCACAGGGAUCUAGCUGAUCAAGAGACGCUUUUUUCUUUUAUCUCGCUGUUAAUUCUUGCGCUAAUUCAACGUGCAACGUGAAGAAAGGCGCUGACGUAGACGACUCGUGCCCCCAAAAUUUCUUUCACAGCGUGAUCUAUGUCCGGUUCUGUCAUCAACACCUUCGCCGAUGAGCGUCUAUUGGCUAGCAACCUCGGUAUUUCAUUUUUCCCUAGCUAUUGCUUUGGGGUAGCUGUCGAGGUAAACUCUAUUGUUUUCGAGACAUAUCCAAGACCCAGACGAUAAAAUUUCCCCGAGGUAAGUUACCUAGGGAAAAAUCGGUUACACUUAAAAAAUCAAAUUUCCGUAGGUAAACUGUCAACAAGUCGUGUUUACCUAGGUAAAAAGUCUGUAGUGUGACCAAGGCUAAUAUGCCACCAAAACCUGUUACGCAUGGUUUGCAAUGGGCGAGAGAGAGGUAGAGAGAGAAGGGGGAGAGUAGAAUUUGACUCAAAACAUAAUGUAUUUUAGCGGCUGCCCUCACUUGAUGCCUGAGCACUAGUACCUGGGUACCGGCGAAAUUGUGUUGUGUCCACACCUUGGGUACUCGAUAGGUAACUGUUCCGUGGCGGAUCCAGGGGGGAGGGUCGGGGGCAGACCCCCCAUCAGACAUGACGCUUGUUUGAGACUGAAAUUCUUACAUCGAAAGGAUCAUAUGUCAAUUAUUAUUAAAUUUUCAAGCUGGGAUAAUGUAUUUCUAGCAUUCUGAUUGGUUCACUCUGUCUUGGUUAUCAGCUCAAAUACCUUAGUUUGACCUUACAUGGAAAACGUUUGUGCUGAGCGUUGCCAAGCUAAAAACUUUCGCAAGGAAACAAAAUUUCUCUCGGAGAAACUGGCGGAAAAAGUAGAUUUCGCGAGCUUUCUACCAACGGAAUACAGAAAAUGCUGGAAAAUGUCAUAUCGGCGGCGACAAAAAAGAGCCACAAACUUUGGUUAGAAAUUAUUGCGUUCGAAGAAGGAGAAUGCUUACCAUUCGUGUACUGUACACGUGUAUUUUGCACACUGUAUUUGUUUUUAUGGAUUCAAGCAAGAUCAGCUAAGAUCGACCAUAUUUGAUUCUAUUACAAAUUCAGGCAUAUACAAGAAGUUGAACAGUGAAACGUUGAACUUUUCAUCUCACUAAUUCCGGGUGCGUUAUAUUUUGAAAACAGUGCUAAGUAGGUGAGUCGUGUUAGCCUAGUGUCACACAACAAGGGUUUAAAGUGAUACGCGACGCUUAAACUUUUCAGAUAACUUUAAUUUUCUGUAUCCCAGUUUUUAGCCAAUUUUAUUGACCAUCCUAUAGUGCAAAAGAAUAUGCUGAGGAUCAUAGUCAGUGUUUGACCUGUUGUUACUUACAUGUACUUUAUUUAGAGGUUUAGCCAAGUAAAUAUAAAAAGUAUAGUACUCUCUUGCAUUUUUGAGGAAAAAUGAAAGAGUAACGAAUUGUAAAGUGGGAGGACAAACAAUAACACUGAUAAAGACAACGGCUGAAAUUCAUAUUGAUAAAAAUGUUUGAUUUUGAUUUCUCAAUAUUACAAGCCCAUCAGGUUUUGCACCCCCUUCCCACUACCACUCACUAGCCACCACCCUCCCCCUCCCCCAUCGAACGCACUCCCCUAAUUUGCAAUUAUUAACAGUUUAAUGGUACGCAUCUCCGAAGUUUUCUUGCAAAUUUAAAGAUAUUAUACUCUCACAUACGUGGAGCUGUUUAUGUGACAUCAACAACAACAACAACAAAGUUUACCUUGAAAAUUUUCAGAAAAAUGAAUAAUUUGCAAUUAUUACUAGUUUAAUGGUACGCAUCUCCGAAUUUGUCUUGGAAAUUUAAAGACAUUAUGCUCUCACAUACGUGGAGCUGAUUAUGUAACAUCAACAACAACAACAACAACAAAGUUUACCUUGAAAAUUUUCAGAAAGGCUUGCAAGUCCUUGAGGAGGAAGUUUGAGUGAGUGUUUGAAGAGCUUUUACACCUCUCACAAUUUCGCAAGUCCAUAACGAGCCACAAGUGAUACCUAAAAAGAGCGGCUUUCCAUUGAACAACACCAGAAGGUGUCUUCGCUUUCAUGAUCAGUGAUUUUAUUGACUAAUGAAGUCUUUGUGCAGCUCCGAUUCAGUGGAGAAAAAAAAACACGAAAAUGACGAGCAAUCAGGUCGACAUAUCCAGAGUCAAAUUCCACAGCAGUCACAGUAAAGGACCGCGAAAACAGUUUUUGUCAAGAAUAGUUUUAGCACAGAGUCCUUGUCACAUAGCGGUCAAAGCUUUCCGCAGUAUUCUUACAAUUGCAAUGUACAGGUGCACAAUUAUUACACUUCUCCUUUACUUUAACUUUGAAGUCUUAAUUCUUUCUCAGCUGGCGGCAACUAUGCAUCCUUUAUGAGUAGAAUUCAAGUACACGGUAAGGGGCAAAGGAAUUAUAACGUGCAACCGCGAUUGGUGGGAAGGGGUGUGGGGAGUGUGGGGGGUGUGGGGAAGAAGUAAUUUGCCACAAAAAAGUUCAACCUAGAACCAAACUUUGCCCCCCCGCCCUCAAAUCAAAAAUUCCUAGAACCGCCCCUGCUGUUUACAUAUUUCAGACUUCCUUUCCCCCUUUUCGACGCCAUUUUGAGAAGUGAAUAACACACAGGGAACAGUUGCGUACUUUAGAACCCGAGAACAAGGUCUCGACGUGGUUAGCUGAAAAAAGGGAAAGUGUCAACACUUGACGCUGUCUUAGGAACUUACAGUGGCACGGGCGUCGAUUAAAUGCUGAACAUUCACGUCUGGCCAUCGCCAAUCACUAAAACAGUCCUUAGAAAACCCUAUACAAAUCAACUUAACCACUUCGUAUGUCUUACGUUUGCAGGCUAGACGUAUUUAUUUUGUCGAAAUCUAGAACGACACAAAAUCUCGUAUCUAUAGAUUUGAAACAAAGCCUCUAACGGGCUAAAAACCGUUAGGCCCCGGCGUCUCUAUCCUUUCUUCUAGCAUCUUACAUGUCAGAACUACUGGUUUGUUUAUUUUCUAGAAUUGUUUCAACAAGACUAAGUCUUUAGAUGGUGUGGUAGAAACUCUCGAAAAUGAGUACUUUUCAAGAUAUGGAUACUCCUUUCCUCUGACAGGUACAUGUUAAGAUAAUUUUUUUAAAAAAAAUACAGUACGUAAUGUCUUCACAUAGGUUAGAAGUACGAUUGCAGACACUUUGGACUUUACAUACUUUCUUUCAAAAAAAGCUUCUGUAUACUCUCAAUUGGAUUUAACAGAGCCCUACAAUGAUUUUCUGAUAUACAGUGUAUCGAAUACUACAGAAUGUACGAAAACCGUCUCCAAGUAGGCAGUGGGGGAAACCGAAAUGAAAAUCAGCAUUGGUGGGUUGAACUGAAAAUUGCCUAAAUUUGAACAAUAAUAAAAUAGCUAAGCGCUACAAAAUUAUGUCCAGUUUUCGUUUUCAUUUUGACAUGUUAAUAUUCAGUUACAGAUCGAAGGUGACGUCAAAAUGUGGAAAGAAAAUUCAGUGACCAAGUUGCGUAAGCCUCACGAGUAAUUUACCGCAUUUUGACGUCAUCUGUGAACGUACUUUUACUGAACAGACACAUGACAAAGUGGAGUCUUGUAAGUAUUUGUUAAACAGAUGCGCCACGGCACCCGAACAAGUCAAAACUAUAGAGCACUUGUAGCUCAGUAUUCGCUUGCAAAAAGGUGCGUUCUAAAAAAUAAGAGUUUCGGUGGUCAUUUGUUUACAAGGAGAUGAAAGUUUACCGGACAAAUCAACUGAAUUGGGAUAAAAAAAGGCUCGGAUGAAAUUUAAUGCUCUUGGAAACAUGCCGCAAUUUGUUUAAGAACGGUCAUCGAUCUUGAAAUUCACCGAACUUUGGUAGCCUCUUUACAGGGGAGAAGAAAGUCGCUUUGCUGGCAGAAGAAAAAAGAACACACUACAAGACGUCGCAUGAAUCGAGUAAGAUCGUUGUUGAUGAGCAUGCGCUGCAUGUUGCUACGAUACAGUUUUGAAAGCACGCCUACUAGCCUUGCGCUUGGUACAGCGAAUUCAGUCAUGACAAUCGGUUUAUCAAAAAACAGAUGAUCGCACCCUAAAAAUCUAGUUUGAUAGGAGAACAAAAUUUACUAGUCCAGCCGCGCUAUAGUCUCCGGUCUUAUCUUAAAAUAUCCUAGUUUAAGGUGGCCCGAAACUAUUUAUAUGCGUGGAACGAUUUUAGAGAACGAUUUCUAAGGUAGAUCCAGCGGAGGAGCCCUGGGGCCCUGCCCCCUAUUUUUAGACAAAAAUGGGCGGAAAAAUUUUUGGAACCCGUGUCAAAUAACGGAAAACGUGUCAGAUAUCGGCAUUUCUUUAAAAACCGCCGUUUUUAAAAAAAUUAAUGAUAGAUUUUUCCCUUACUUUAGCAAUGAAGCCUCAGAGCUCGCUAGUUUCAUAUCUGCACGUUUGAAGUCAAUCCUGACCAUACAACUUGCUGCACGACAAAAUUCUGGUCAAAUUUAACGUUAAUUGCUACGCUAACACAAGUUGACGCACAAAUUAAAAAUUGUGUUGGAAAUUUCAUAUUAUGUCAAUUCUGUUUCAAUGAAUGUAUCAAAAAUAGUAGGAAUAAUAGCAAAAGCAAGACAUUAUUUAGAGCUUAAAAAUUUAAAGGAAUUAUACAAUACCAUGGUUUAUCCAUACCUGACCUAUUGUAACAUUAACUGGGCAAGCACAUAUCCAAAUAGACUAAGAUGUAUUUAUAUAGCACUAAGGAAAUUAGUUAAACUCACGACUUUUUCAAGUUUUCGAGAAACUUCUCAGCCUUUGUUCAAGUUAUUAAAAAUAAUGAAUAUAUAUGAAAUAAAUCUAUACCUAAUUGCAAACUUCAUGUACUUACAUUAUUAUGGCAAACGUCCUGAAACUUUUGGUAACUACUUCGUAAAAAAUGAUAGUAAACACUCCUAUAAUACUAGGUCAGCUCCAAAAAUACACAUUGAUUUUAAAAGAACAAAUCAUGGAAAAUUUACUCUUCAAUAUAGAGGAGCAAUAAUCUGGAAUAGUUUACCAAAUGAUUUGAAGGAAGUAAAAUCAAGCAACGCAUUUAAGAAAGCAUUACGUACACAUGUACAAUCAGCGAAAAAUACUCUUUGAUACCUUGAUUAAUAUGUAAAUUGAUACUCAUUAUGCCACCUUUUUCAACUAUAUAAAGAAAUCAUUAGACAACCUUAAGAAAGCUCAUCAGAGCUUGCUGUGAGCUUGCUCUGUUUCCUUUUGCCUUAACUAUACACCCGUUUUCAAAAAGGUUUUCAUAUAGAGAAAUAUAAAGAUAGAUAUAUAGUUUUGUUUUGUUGCACGUGCGCCCGUGCGCAUUUUUCACUUCUUAUUGUCCAACUUGUGAAAAAACUCGGUUCAACGAUAAAUUUCCUCUUCGUCAGGUUCUUUGCUCCAAUUUGUCAAUAAAAAAGGGAAUGCACGAACACUGUCUGCAAUUCUCUUGAUUUGCAUUCUUUUCAAAAUUAAAGAAUGCGGAAUUCGGUCAGUAGUAGGUCAUAUAAUUGUUGUGGUAACAGGAUAAGGAGAAAAUCAUCAAAGAUUUUCAUUUUUACAACAACGCAGAUGAAAUGGAAAAAAAAAAAAGAAGGGUUUUCGAAACCGCUGAUUUUUUUUUGCUGAGAAGGAAGAUGUGACGCUGGAUGUCAAUAUUGGAUAUGUGGGAAGGAGCAAAAAUAUCAUAGCAAUUGAUUAAAACGGACCAAGACGUUGACUAGGUUCAUAGAAGUAAAUGUUAUCAUAACCAUGAUGAGCGGGUCUAUAUAUUAAUGCCUCACCUUUUUUCGUGUAAAAUCACGGCCUGUAAGGCAACGUCCCACUGAAGACAGAAUAAACUCUCGGCCACAAAUGUUUUCAAGUUAGUUUAACAGUUUCUCUUAAGCACGCCCCUGGACAGCACAUUUUUUCAUACACCCCGUCAACAAAAAUGCUUCGUCACUUGCUUCAGAUGCCAUGACAUUUGGCCUAUCAAUUUGAUGACGCCGCAUAACUCGGCUGCUUCGCGAGCUGUUUUCCUCAUUCCCAAAAUCAGUCAUAUAAUUCGCCAUUGCAAAUUUGUAUUGCAGGGCGCAUGCUUUUUUGUAAAAAAACUCAAACGACAUGUUCUUUUCAAAUUUGAACAAAGCUUAAGAACCCGACGAAGAAAAAAUUUAUCGUUGAACCGAGAUUUUUUCACAAGUUGGACAAUAGCAAAUGAAAAAUGUACACGGGCACACGUGCAAGAAAACAAAAGUAUAUAUCUAUCUAUAUAUCUCUCUAUAUGAAAACCUUUUUGAAAACGGGUGUAUGUAUGAUCCGUGGGUCAUUCGUCCAUUUAAUUUUCAAUUCAAAAUUAAAAGUUGAAAAUCGAUGUCAAUUUUUGAUUUUCCAAUUUUUUUCUUCCUGCGUAAUGGAUAAGCAGGUUUCAUAAUUGUUUUACCGUUUUCCCCUGUAAACAAGAAUGAGAAAAUAAACAUACAGCUCUUACUUUCUACAAUCAAUAUUAAAACGGUUGUCGAACCAUAGAUAUUUUCGCUAUUCGCGGGAAAACCGUUUCCGUAGUCAUCUGUCAACUACUAUGACGUGAAUUAAGGAAAGAAAAUUAAAAAUUGAAUGUUGCGAUCAAUUUUCAAUUUUUGUUUUUGGACGAAGAAUUGAUCAAUCGAUCACGCUCUAAGUGACGAAAGUACCAAGAGGGGAGGACCCAAGUGCAGAAGUGUCCAGUCGGGGAGGGGAGGGAAGAAGGGAAGGGACUGAGGUGGGGGAGUAAGGGCCUUGCACUUGUCCAAGCUACAUGCUACCCGACCAAAGACGCCAUCUUGAAUUGCAAAUAGAACACUAUGGGGACGGGGGUCGGGGUUGAGUUCUCUCUUUGUUGAACCGCCGCUGUAACAUCAAAACUAAGAAAUUCCCAACCUUGAGUAAAACACAUCAAGAACUUAAUAUGAUAUAUUUCAACUGUCUUUGAGAUGGACACCUUUGGGAAACAUCUCCAAGUCGCCAAUUUAAAAAGUGUUCAUCAAGAGGGAGUAGCCUGUGUACAGACGCCCCCCCCCCUCCCCCACCCCCUCCACCAGAAAACCCUAACCCCAACCGGGAGGGGGGACGUCUGCACACAGGCUAAGAGGGAGUUGACAGAGUGCGUAUGCUUUUGGUGUCAUCAAUUUGCAACGUCAUAGUUAUUGCAUUUUGGCUGAGACUUCCAGACUUUGCGUAAAGAAAAGGUAAGGUUUUACUCCUACUAUGAUGGUGAAAUUUAAAUGUAUUAGACACAUAUCAGUCUGCCAAUGGUGAUCAAUGUUGAUUUGGAAUAGAAUGAGGAUUUCAUCUCCCCCCUUAGGGGCGCAGUCCCUUAUUUGGCCUAGAAGGGUACGUGGCGCUGAACAGGGUGUGGUAUCCGGGUCUUGAGUCUUAAACAGGUUAUACAAUUUAACUAUUUAGCGCCUUGAACAGGGUGUCUUUAUGGACCGGUACCCUUGAAAAGAUUGUGAAGGUUGGUGAUGAACGGCUUACUUGUCGUACCAACAAGGUUUCUCCGAAUAAUAUCCAUUCAUGAUGUUACUUUAUAAAAAAUUUCUUAAUUCAACCAUUUUUUUCCCCCACAGGAAAAAAAAAUAAGAAUUUCGAGCAAAAAUACCCACCCGAGCAACAACUUGUUUCGUGUAGUGUUCCAGCUCUUCGUUUGACAGCCGAAUUUGCGAGUGUAUUCCAUUUUUAAGGCAAAACCUUCUAACGGACCGCGACCAGUAAGCCUCUCUUUCCAGGAUAUGCUUCUUGUAGCAACAAACUGACUUGUGAAUGUGUUUUUCCCUGCGUCACAACAAGAUGUCUCACGCAAUCGACGUUUACGGCGUCCAUAUUUAGGCUGAAACAGCACUCCAAAGUUGUAUUUCCCGCUUCUUUCCAAAGGCUAGUUCCCAGGACGUAUCCGACAUUAAAGAUGGCGGACAAUUGCAAUCCCGUCUCCCUUCUACCCCUCCCCCCCCCCCCCCUCCUCCUGGGCACUUCUGCACUUGGGUCCUCCCCUCUUGGUACUUUUGUCACUUAGAGCGUGAUCGAUUGAUCAAUUCUUCGUCCAAAAACAAAAAUUGAAAAUUGAUCGCGACAUUCAAUUUUUAAUUUUUUUUCUAAAUUCACGUCAUUGUAGUUAACAGAUGACUGCGAAACGAUUUUCCCGCGAAUAGGUAAAAUAUCCAUGGUUCGCUAACCGUAUUAAUAUUGAUUGUAGCAAAUAAGAGCUGUGUGUUUAUUUUUUCAUUUUUGUUUACAGGGGAAAACGGUAAAAAGAGUUAUGAAACAUGCUUAUCCCUUAUACAGGAAGAAAAAAAUGGAAAAUCAAAAAUUGACAUCGAUUUUCAAAUUUUAAUUUUGAAUUGAAAAUUAAAUGGACGAAUGACCCACAGACCACAUAUAUAUAUAUUCAUUAUAAUUACAAGACUAUGUACGGUACAUGAAGGUUGGCAAUGAAUAAAAUAUAAUAGCGGAGCCUCCGCUAUUAUAUUGAUUAAAGUGCCGACGGAAUGUCUCCUAUCUGGAAGGGUAUUCUUACCCAAAGCAUCAUUGCAAGAAACUAAGUAAUAUUUUCCUUUGCUAAGAUUUGUUUCCAAAAUAAAGGGACAAAUGCAAAGUAAAUUUGAUGAAUCAAAGUUCUUUAAUCUCACCCCGCAUACAGCAUAAAGUAGUUCUUGUAGUGCAAUCUGUAUUCGCCGUAGGUGUCUGAUUACAGCCGGGCUGCAAUGGCUGUGGCCCCAGUUUUUUCAAACAUAGUUAGUUACUAACUGUUUUGAAACCACGCUUUUGCAAGUCAAGUCAAUUUUUAUGUAAACUCACACAGAAUAAUUAUAAUUAAUACAAAUUAGUGCUUUAAAACAUAAAAUCGCGAGAUUGUGAAGGGAAAGAGAAUUUCAAUUGUAGGUUCAUUGUGCAGAGUUUGGGACACCUAAAUAGUUCGUGGAACUAACCGAGUAGGUGACCCAAACAAGAAUGUGAGUAGAAGGACUUUGUUGAGGCCUCAAAUGUAAUAAAUGACCCUAAAUGUAAUAAAGGUCCUAAGUGUAAUAACUUUUGGCCCUAAAUGUAAUAAAGGUCUUAAGUGUAAUAACGUUUGGCCCUAAAUGUAAUAACAGUAUUAAUGUAUGUAGUAUAACAGCCCCAAACUUGAUAAAGUCCCUGACUGAAACAUGCGACGAUAUUAAUGUUAUAGCCAGCUGGCGACUCACUUUCUUCGCCCUAUUGUAGUCUUCAUAGAUAUUCAUUAACUUAGAAAGCGGCUAGAGCGCUCAAGAAGUAAGAGAAACACUUAUAAAUUAACUACGUCUCGAUCGUGUUUCCUACUACAUCGCUACAUCGUGAAACGCGCGUUAUAAACAAAUGGAAUCUACACAAAAGUUUUCAAAAUACCGUGGUAAUUUAGUAAUUGAAGGAAGUAUUAAUGUUCAUUAGAAAAAAUCGUGGUAAAUUGACUACUUUUGCCUAUGGGGUUUCUUAAUGUUGCGCCAAAAAGGGAAAUGUUUUUUUUUUUUUUAUCAUUUUCCAAAAGAGUAUGUCGGUCGGUCCAUACAGAAUGCUGUGAACACGAAGUUAUAUAUAAGCAGCAAGAUAUUAAGGGCAGUAUAUCUUUAUAGUUUUUCUGACUUCCCGACUUUGAUUUUAAUUUCUACCAGGAGUACUUCUUGAAGUGAGUUUUUAUGCUAACUUUUUUUUCGGGAUUUCACCACAUGAAUGAAAUGACGUUUUCAAAUGACAGCUGGCUUUCCUGUUUUUCUAGCGAGUAUAUAAGGAACUCUACUUUGAAGACCCAAAAUCUUUUUUUAGAGCUAAGAAGAAGAAGAAGAAGAAAAUGAUGAUUGUGAUGAUGAUGAUAAUGGUAGUGGUGAUGAUAAUGGUGGUCCAAAAAAUCAACUUCCAAAUCAUAGACUUCGCGUUAACUAGAACUGACAGCCAGCUUGGUGAACCCUUUAAAGAACUCACAAUGCGUUAUGUUUGUCGGCUGCUAUGAAUAAGCUACAACCAUCGCGACACUGCUCGAAAUGGCUGUUUCAGCUUGCACAAGUUGUGCAAAGAAUUUGGCCCAUACAGUGGAUUUGUGAUGGCUCUUAAAGAGAUAAUAGCCAGCCCCCAUAGGCGUACGGGCCGGGGGGGGGGGGGGGCUGCAGCCCCCCCAAAUUUUGGGCAACUCAGAUUUUUUGGGCCGCAAGAGAAAAUUUGGGCAAAGCUAUUUUUUAAAGACGUUUCCGUGUUUUUUUAUUAGUUUAAAGAGACAAAUAUUUUCGAUUUUGAUCUGAAAAAAAUCCUGAAGUCAGCGUAAUAAUCCAGUUACAUUCUCUCGAGACACUCACAGUGGUUGCUUAGCACGUGAUGAGUUUCUGGUUAUAGGGAAGGGUAUCACUUGUUGAUUUACAUAUUUAUACUUUUUUAUUGUUGAGCACUGUACUGCACUGCACUGACUGGAAUGGGCUCUUAGCAGUCGUGAAUUGAUUAGAAUAAGCUUCUGCAUCUCCACCCGUAGAAUAGUGUAUGGCAGAGAGCAUCAGCAACAGUGGGUGUGAAAAAUGAAGAAGUGGCUGACUAGUACUCAGCUCGAAUUACGAGAAGAAUAUUAAAUUUUUUUAAUUAUCUAUCAAGCAAUAAUUUAUUAAAGUAGACCUAAAUGUUUACAAAACCGCUGACAAGAGUGCCUCGAUAUAUACUGAUGAAAUGGAAUCCUUCUCUCUAGCGAUCGGCCGGAGCUAUCUCCAUGAUAUUUUACACACGUUUUAAAAAAGAUUGAAGCUACUAUGAGGUGAAAUUACAUGUCAAAAGAGAUUCGUUUUCUACAGAUAACGGCCAAACAUCAAGAUUUUUUUAGCAUAUUUCUAAAACCUCAUCCCAAAAUAUCCCGAUAACUCUUUUAUAGAUUCCGUUUUAACUUUACGAACAUCGACGCGACUAUUGGAGAAAAAGGUUGCCGUGAAGAUUUUGCCGUGAAUAUUGCUGCAAGUAAAAUAGACAAUGGCAUCAUUUCGCUGCUAUGAAAACUCCGAUGUCAAUAAAACCCUAUGAUAAAUUUUCAUCCAUAUCAUCUAAUAAAACUAUGGUAGCAAUUUUUCCAAAUGUUUGUCUAUGGCGACGUAGUUAUGCUCAAAAUUCGGAGGUAUUGACUCUGAAAAACUGCCACCUUCAUAUGCCAGUACGGCCUACGUUACUGUUUCGUAAAAAUUUGGGUAACUUGCGAGAAUUUUUUGGGCAAAUAGUUUACCGCCCCCCUUGGCAAAAAAUUGCCCGUACGUCUAUGCCAGCCCCAGAUGGAUAAAGGCAUGGGUUGAGCUGUUGUUUGCUUGGAACUUGGUUUUAUGUUACCAAUGUAUGGUGGAAAAGACGAGGGAGCAAUUAAAGUACACUUUAUGCACCUAUUUGUUAACAGACAAAGUAAAAACAGUUUAGCUGAUGUUGUGUUAUUGACUCAGAUUAGAAAUCAUGGUGGCACUACAGGCUGCAAUUUUGACAUUUUUGGCCUUUGCCUAUGAAACAGAUUUUUUAGUUCAAUCCAAUGGAUGAAGUUACAGUUUCUUGAGAAAAUUUGCCAUAAUAAACGAGGCUCUUUUGUUUUGUUACAUAAGUUUUUAAGAUACGUCAGUCCUUUUUUGACAUUAAAGAGUUCUUAAAAAAGUUUGCUUCAUAUAUGGACCUCUGUUUUGAAGUUGUCGUUAAAGAAGUAUUAUUGAUAACAAUGCUAACUAUUCAACCUAUUUACAAUUAAUCACUAUUCGGUCAAAGGACUAUUUACAAUUCACUUCGAUUAAACAUUCUUUUCAGUUAAUAAUGACAAUAAAAAUAACAGUGAUAAUGAUAUCAAUAAUAAUAAUAAGUUGUUACUCAAAUGGCUAUAGAGGGGAUCUGCCUGGGGUAUUUAGUGUUUGAUAUUCCCUAGACACAUUCUGGCGCUCAGUUAACCUAUAGUAAGGCUAAAAGCAAACGCUAUGAAAUCUUCUUAUGACCCUAAGCAUAUAAAAAGCUGAAAGAAUUACACUUUUAUUACAUUUAGGGUCAAAAGUUGUUACACUUAGGACCUUUAUUACAUUUAGGGCCAAAAGUUAUUACACUUAGGACCUUUAUUACAUUUAGGGUCAUUUAUUACAUUUGAGGCCUCAACAACUUUAGAUACAAAAUAGUUGGGAAACUUGCCCAGUAUUUUCUUGGUCUGCGUGAAUGUUAAAUUAGUACUUAUUUUCUAAUUUUUUUUUGCUAUAAAGAUGAAACAAAAAUGGACCAUGUUCUUCAGGAAACUGCGAAAAGUCGGCAAAUGGCAAACCACAUCGCUUACACGACAUUUGCAGCUCAUGGUGGCAACAAUGGCAUCUUUCCCACAGGUCCACAGGUAUGUCUCCACUACACGCAAGACACCAAGGAACUAGAUUUUCUUGUUGAUGUUGUUGCAAUUAAGAUUCUCUCCUCGGUUCAAUUAAAUAGAACUUCUACAAGUGUAAUUUGCAAAGGAAGCUAUUGUCUUUAAUAACAAAACGUAGGAGCCGUUGUCAGUAAUUAUCGAGAAUCAGGCGCCGGAUUCACAAAACAAUUUUUUUUCCAAAAAACUCUUCUAGUAAGCUAUAUUCAAAAAUAAUAUUCUAUUCUAUUCUAUAUUUGAAAAAUUUAAAAAAACUAGAGCAAUUACCUUGAAAAGCAAUAAUGAUAAGAUGAAAUGUAACUUGUCAUGAUGAUGAGAUUCAAGAAACUGUUAAAAUCUACUAGCAAGUCCGAAAAAAAUAGGUGGUAAAAGACGUCAGAUCGCUCCAUCACAACAGGAUCCCCAUUAGUGCCCCUGAACCAUUGUCCCAAUCCCAGCAAUACCAAAAUCCUCGGAUUGAGCGCUUUACUAAUUCGUAAUAAGAUCCCACCUCAGGGCCUUUGAAUAACAAGUAGGUAGGAGGAUAACAAUAUUCUGAAAAGAACCCCUGAGCGACAAAGCAACCUCAAGCAACCAUCAUCAUGCCAUAAAAUAUUUAAACUCAAGAAAUCCGCAUCUCGGCAACAAUAAUUUUCCAUAUGUGUAGUGUAUGAGAUUCUUCGAAUGAAACGUUUUCUACUAGCUAAGCCAUGCAUCCAAACGGGAAUAAUUUGGGGAUUCUAAGAAAAUCAGAUAAUCAUUUGCCCAUAUUCCCCCUCCAACCCUAACUGAGUAUACCAGUAUAUCUACCUGCUAGAUAUAUGAUUCGUAUUACUAGUAUCUAUGUUCCGUGCUUUAAUCUUAAUCGCGGUAACAAUUUCUUUCAGGCCUGGAGAAGCCAGGGUAUCAGAAUCCAUGGAAAUCUCUUAAUUUGUGAAGGAAGCGCGUUUUGUUCCACAUGCAAAGAUGAUCCGUUUGAAUAUCACGGCGCCAGCUACAAGUGCCAUUUCUCUCCCGAUUUUCCCCAUUUUGAGGUGCGUAUAUAUAAUUAUUUCAAUUUCAAGAAGUACUUCAGUCACCUAAACGUGGUGUUUUUUCGUGAGAAAUAAUUUAUUUUGAUCACUAGAAUGCGUUAUUUUAACUGGCAAAAACUCAUCCAUCUCAUAUGGAACAUUAGUAUAUUAUAAACACUCAGUGAUGUUGGUGAUUUAAGCAAUCUGAUUGGUUCGCUGUCUUGGGCUAUUUAACAAUUAUUGAAUGAGGCUUAGUAUCAUCUGAAGAGCUGUGGAGAUCUCGGAGAGUGUUAUCCGCCAAGGCCGUACGCCGAGGCGGAUAACACCCUCCUCGGUCUGCAUAAUUCUUUAGAUGAUUCUCAGCCGAAUUCAAUAAUUGUUUUAUUAUUCAUUUAAAAUAAUUCCUAGUUUAAAAACAAGCUAAAACAUGCUUACCUCCAUUGAUAGUGCACGUUAAUCGACAAGUUUAGAGGAUCAAGGGUUGUUCAGUUCCGCAAACAUUCUCUAAGUACCAAAUGUCGCCCUUAAAGUUGUCUUCUUGCUGUUCUUGCUAUGUUUUUAGCCAAUAGUUCGCCUAUUUCUUCCUGCUGAAACGAGUGAAACAUGCCGCUAGUUUGGUAUCACUACCAAAAUAUCCGCAACUUCCUCCCCAGGUCUUCUCGGUUGACGGUUCAAUAGUCUGCAACAUUGCUGCACUUUUGAAGUCAUCAGUUCAAUAUGGCAAAAUAUAUUCCUGUAAAUUUGGUCAGCGGUACCUAGUUCUGAUGAAUUAUGCGUGUGAUUUUAGCCAAUCAGAAACGGAGAAAUAAUUUUAAUUAGUGUUUAAUGAAUCAUAAUCAACAAUAUUCACCUCCUAGCGAGUGGAUAAUGUAUGAGCUCGGUGUUCUUCCUGUUUUUGAAGAGAACGACCUUUUAAAACUCGACAAAAUCUUAGGGUUGAGAUUUUUUAAAGCAAGAAAAGACUUUGAAGCAUAGCUGAAUUUUUUGCUCAAUACAAUGUUCAGAACUCCCUUUUAUUCGCGUAGAAGAGGCCGUUUCGUGAACUCAGCGUUUCCUAACAAGAACCAUUUUGCCCAAAAAACAAAGUUUAUUUGACAAAAAAAAAAGGAAAGCAAAUGUUUGCAGAAAUUCUACGUUUCAAGUAAAUAGAACAAAGAAUGGUACAGGAAAACGACGCCUCACCUCGAGCAACCGAGCCGCCAUGUCAGCACUUCAUAGGAAGAACAACAAAACAAACCUUUUUGGUUAUGAACUUGGGGAGUUAACAGAAAAUAACAAAGCUCUACUUUUCUUCUCAUGGUCCCUAGAAGCAUUUCAACGAGUCCAAAUUUAAAAUGACGCAAACGUAUGAACAUUUAUUCAGUAAUCUGACUCCGUGAAGUUUCAAACAGGUGUCAAAAGCUGAGUGAACUGCAGCCAAAAAGUGCCUGGUUAAGGCUUACAUAUCAACUUAAAUAGUUACCAAAACACUACUUUUUGCGGUCCGAUAAACGACAGGAUUUCGCAUAGAAUAGACGACAAACUGAUUGAAACAUAGAAUACAAAUUACCACCUUCUCUGCAAAAACCGGCCUAAAUGGUUCAAAGCCAAGAGCCCGCUGAAACUAGACCUAGACCCAAUUUUCCUGAGUCGAGAAUUGGUUUUUCAAGACAUAAUCAGCUAAGCUAAUAAAACACCGACCAAACGUUGUUAUGGUUCACAGAGAAUAUUUUGGUGCAACAGCAACCUCGUUCCCAGGGUCCUCUCCUACUCUCUGUCGCUCACUAGGGUGGGUAGGAGAGGACCCUGAGAACGAGGUUGGUACAACAGCUCAACAACGCGAUCGACCACAUGCCUGUCAACACCAUGCGGACAUCACACAAUCACACACUUUCGCGGCACUGAUACGACUGUCCACAACAACGCAUAAUCUUCCCACGUUUAACACAAGCGAAAUAUCAUCAAAUAACACGGAAAAACUCAGCCUACUGGCAAAUAAACACUUCUUGACUUUUCUCUUACACUCGUCUUAUUCAAGUUCCCGGAUGCACGGUCUCACGGUUCACAGACCAGCAUAGACCCUGUCUAUGGCCCGGGUCAAAGUUAGUCUGCAAUUUUGCUCUCGCCUAAUUCAUUUCACUCGUAAAGGCCUGUUCCCGAAGCCAAAGACUUAGUGGUCCGCUUAAAAAGCGAACAAUGUCGUACCUUUCUGUCUCAGCCCUGAUCAGGGUGAUUGAUCUGUUUAGCCAAAUGAAACGAGAAUACAGCACGAUAUUGGACGAUACAGUCUCUGCGAAUCACGUUAACUUUGUCCCAUCUCAGAGCUUUACAUGAUGCUCUCAGGGAAACUUUUCUCAAGGUCACCAAUAGCGAAAUGUAAACUGCUCAACGGCACCGAACCAGCUUUACGAGCGCACUGACUACAAAUAACUGUCGCUUGUGUUAGACAGAGAAUUGUGGGUAGGAGCAUAAAAAGUAACCAAAGAGGAAGUGGGGGCGGGGGGUUAGAUAGAAAUUCGCGAAAUUCUGUCUACAGCCACUUCUACACAAAUCACUAACCACAAAAACAAAAACAAAAACAAAAAAAACGACAUAAGCAAAGAGCACAGUAAACAAGCUAAGACUCGAAAAGUUGAGUCCGUUUAGCCAAAUGAAACGAGAAUAUAUAACAAUUAAUCACCUCAGUGUCGGUGGCUAGUCGUGAAUAUUUACCAGCGAGGUAAAUUUCCACCACUAGCCACCGACACUGAGGUGAAUGAUUGUUUUAGUAUAUACUAAAACAGUGAGCAAAUUGAGCACAAAAAUGAUGAUUUUUAACUCAAAUACUGUUGCCAACGAUUACAAUUUUGGCGCCUGAUGAACGAACGGCCGCGGCCGUCGCUUUUACUUGCCGACAAAAUAAAAUAAAGGCAUUUGUUUAGCUCUUGCGGGGAAAUUUCUUCAAAAGGAGUUGUGAAUUCUUUUUGUAUUUAAAAUCAUUCUGUAAAAAAAGAUUAUUAAAUUUAGUUUUAAGCUUAUUUAUGAACAAGUCAACUAAAUAAAGUAACGCAAGACUUAAGCUUAAUUUGCAUUUGUAAACAAAAAACUUUUUCACCAGUUUUAUCGAUAAAUUCAAGUCAAAAAGACAAAGCUUUACCUGUUAAAACUUCCAAACCGAACUUCGUCACCUUCUUCGUGUAUUUCGGGAACAGCUUGCUUGAUUAGUUGUGAAAUUUCUUUGUUUGUUACGGCAGCAAACCAGGAAGGCAUUUUGCUCGCAACUUACGCGAGUUUGGCGUCGCUCGCUCGGACGAAUGUACUGGAGGUGAAUCAGUGAAUAGUGCAGGAUAUUCACUGAUUGAGUAGCCAAUCAGAGCGCGCGAAAAACACUAUCCACUGUUUUAGUAUAUACUAAAAUACGAUAUUGGACGAUGCAGACUCUGCAAUCGUAAUAACUUUGUGCCAACUCAGAGCUUUACAUGAUGGUCUCCGGGAAACGUUUCUCAAGGUUACCAAUAUCUAAAAGUAAACUGCUAAACGGCACCGAAACCAGCUUUAGGCGCGCACUUAUUUCAAAUAACUGUCACUUGUAUUAAAGAGAGGAUUGUUGGUAGGGACAAAAAAAUAGGGAGGGAGAGAGGGAAGGAGGGGGGGUUAAGGUAGUAAUUCUGUCAACAUCCACUUCUACACAAAUCCCUAACCACAAAACAAGUAAAAAAAACGACAAAAGUAAACAACACUGUAAACAAGCUAUUGGACAGGGGAAGUUGAGAAAAAUUACCAAAUGUUUGCUAUACCGGUUUUCAUAACUCCAGGUAGAUAUAUAUAAAUUCAUUGUAAAACAUGUACAUGACAAAACCAUCCAUUAUACCUAUCAGCCUCCAUCAGCCUCUAAAAUUAAAAAGUUUCUUUACAAUGUUUCUAAAAAAUUAAUUCUAGCAGGCUCUAAUGAUAUAAUAUAUAAUAAUAUUAAAUAUAAUAAUAUAAUUAUAAAAUAACUAGCAAUUCCUUCGGCCUCGGUGGAUAACUCCCUCCGAGAUCUGCCGAAUUCUUCAUAUCCUACGAAAGCCGAAGUCAAUAAUUGUUUUAUUAUUCCUUCAAAAUAAUUCCAAGUUUAAAAUCAAGCUAAAACAUGCUAACCUCGGUCGAUGUAUGUUCAUAUCGAUAAUGCAGCUUUAUCGGGAAGUUUAGGAGAAUAAGGUCUGCUCAGGUCUGCAAAUAUACUCCAUAUAGCGGAUGUUGUCCGUCGAGUUGUCUUCUUGCUGUUCUUGCGGUGUCUUUAGACAAUAUUUAGUAGUGAAACGAGUAAAAUGUUCCGCGACAGUUCCGCCAUUUUGUUCCAACUACCAAAACAACCCAACCUCGUCCACAGGUUUUCUCGGUCAACGGUUCAAUAACCUGCAACCAGGCUGCACUUUUGACGUCAUUUUAACAACAGCAGCUAGAUUUUUGACAAUCUUAUCACCAAACGGACCUUUUGCGUCAAACAGAAUUUUCGGCGAAAAAAGUAGCUAUUAUAAAACUAAGGGUGCAACUAUUGCUCUUUUUUUCUUCUCUUCUCCUUUCCUUCUCCUCGCUCUUUCAUUUUCUCCUUUCCUUCUCCUCGCUCUUUCAUUUUCUCCUUUCCUUUUCCUUUGUCGCUGUGGAUUUGGAGCUUCCCGGGCUUAAGAAACCUGCCUUUCGACGCCUUUUCACUCAAAUAACUGCAAAUUUCGUUAGGUUGGUUUUCAAAAAAUAGGUUAGAUAUAAUAUAUAUUAUAUAUACUAAUAAUAUUAUAUGUAAUAAAAAUAAUAAUAAUAACCUGUUGGAGUGCAAGCGGCAAGCGCUAUUACUCACAAAAUUGGAGAAUCCGCCAGUUAAGGAUAAUGGAAGAAGAAAUGGGUAUAUGGAACUUGUGAAAGAACUAUGGGAUCAAAUGGGACACGAAGAUCUGGGGUUCACGAAGCAGAAUUUACGAGACCAAGCCGCUUGACUUGAAAAAUCUUUAGGCAGCGUAACUAGAACUAUCACUAACGGAAAAAAAGCGAAAAACAACGGACGCCAAACAGCAAAAAAUGGUGAUCAAAGAAGAACCUAAUUUGCAUACAACCCUGACCCAAAAUCAACAGCGUGGCAAUGGUGAUCUUUUCUCAGAACCCAAUUUGCAUACAAGCUUGACCCAAGAACAACAGCUUAACAACGGUGAUCAAGAAAGGUUUAGCUUGUUAGAGCCAGCAAGCAGGAUAAUGGAAGCAAUUAGCACCAACCCUGUAGACUAUUCCCAACGUGACAUUGACACCAGGACAAAAGAAACACCAUCACUAAAAGACUUGGAAGAGAUCAACCAAGCGAUUACGUUAUUAAUGGAGCGCUACAUGGUAAUACCAACGCAGAACCCGUUUGGUUUUCUGUGGUUAGCUAAUUGCAUUCUUUACUCGGUGGUAUGCGCGUUUUUGUUAAUGAAAGGAUGGAAAAAACAAGGGCCAAUAAACGAGGACAAACCGCAGGACGGAAAGAAUUUACGACCAGGAGGUAGGGAAGAUCAGAAAACAAAUGUCAAUCGCGAAAGCGGAAAUCGAAAGGUUGAAAGUAAAUAGGAAGAUCACGAAAAUAAAAAGGGAGGAGAAAUAGGUAUCAGCUCCAAAAAGAAUGCAAAACCAUCUCUGUGGCAGGAUUGGUUAGCUACAUGGAGAAAAAAAGGUCGGAGCUCCGAAAGUUAAAACGUGGGUUUGAUAGGAAAAAGAAACAAGAGGUCUCGCCGGUAAUUAACCAACAGUUUAACACGGUUCCUAGAAGAGUGUUUGCGAAUUUGAGUGGGAUGUUGAAGAGGGACCCAGAGAAUGAGCGACCAAGAUAUAAAGAUCCUGGAAAAGGUGCUCGAGAUGAUUCCCGAAUGUUUGAAAGCAUUGAAGAGGCGAGCGGGUUUUGGAGAAAGUUGUGGGAAGAGAUCAGAGAGGGGCUGGGAAUAAGAACACGGCCUGGUUGCAGGCAGUAAAGAUUGCGAUCCAUGAGCAAGUACCACCACUGUCAGGCGACGAAUGGGCUCUCGUAGUGGCGGAGGCGGUCAAAUUCCUGUCCAAGAAACGCAACUGGAGCGCGCCAGAGCCUGAUAAAAUCACUGACUUUUGGUGGAAACGUGCUGGCACCCUGUACAAGGGUGUGUUCGAGAGCUUCAAAGAAGUUUCUAAGAGCGGCGAAAAAUACCCCGUUUGCUUUUCUGAAUGGAAAACCUCCCUUAUUCCGAAAGAAGGUUUACAUCUUGCCUCCUGGCACCCAUGGACCAACACCUUGAACAUUAUGGCCUGAUGGAAGGCCAGCACAGAGGAGCGAAAUCAGGGUGUUUCGGUAUUAUGGACAACUUGCUAAUCGAUAGAGCAGUGAUGCUGGAUUGCCAGAGAGGCAAACGGAAUUUAAGCAUGGCAUGGAUUGACGUGCGCAAAGCCUACGCAAUGACUGACGUUCACAGGCUUCACAACUGGCUGGGUAAGGUCAUACGCAAGUUGUAUGCGAGCUGGAAUACUAGAGUUGUAGAUACAACAAGGCAAGGGCGAGAGACGUCCGGAAAAAUAAGGUUCAUGAAGGGACUACCCCAGGGGGACGCUUUGUAUCCUAGCUAGAUUGUUUACACUGUGUCUGAACCCAGUAGCUUGGCACCUGCGGGCAACGGAGGGAUACUGGUUCUCCAAGCCUAUAGAAGUCAAAGUUACCGAUCUCCUGUAUAUCGACGACAUGAAUGUUUUUGCUACCUCCGAGAGCAAGCUGAACCGAGUGCUGAAGGAAACUAGAGGAGCGAUACAGGAUAUCGGCCUCCACUGGAAUCAGAAAAACUGCUCAGUGGUAAACGUGAAGAGGGGAGCCCAAGUGCUGGACGAAUCUGGUAUGAAGAUGGACGAGACAACUACCAUGAAGUCUCUUGGGGAAGGAAAACACUACAAAUUCCUGGGGUGCUAGGAACGUUCGACAGGAUGAACGGCUGGCCCUGGCGUGUGCGGCUUAAGAGUAUCUACGCAGGAUAUCUAUUAUAUGGUCCAGACCCCUAUCUGAUUGUAACCGUAUACAGGCAACUAAUCAGUAUGCACUCCCGGUGCCGCGGUACUUAAUGUGGACACAGCAUUGGCCUCUAUCAGAGUUAAGAGAUGUGGACAGAGCAGCUCGGAAGAUCAUAGUUGAGUACGGUGGCAAGUUCCCAGCUAGCCUAACUUCUUUGUUAUAUCUACCGAGGGAGAAGGGGAGUAGAGGCCUGCGUUCAGUCGAACACUAGUACAAGCUUACUAAAAUCAAAUCGCUACUAAAAUUGUAUCUUGUAUCAGAGUUCGGACCAACAAUUCAGACCAGACUGUAGAAGUAGUUAGAGAAUUUGAAGAACACGCAAUGUUAUCAGGCCACUAGUCGCUUGUAGAGGAAGCAGCUAAGUCAACAUCACACCUCAGCUAGAUAUCCUAAAUCCUAGGUGUGUUACAACGGAAGGAAAGCUGGUGACGGCAGCAAGAGCUGGGAAUCUGUUGAAGAAAACUCAAGAGAUGCAAUUCUUGGAGAUCGCUAAAGACAAAAUGUGGCAAGCAAAGUUAUUCCGUAUCAGAUGGGAAGAUGAGAGCCUAAGCAUAACCAGCUGCUUUGAAUGGUUAAAAGGUUAGGCUACAUGCCCUACGUAAACCAUCGCGGGCAUGUAUGAACUGUAUGAGCAGUUGUUACCUACGAAGCUCUACACAAAGGAGAAGACGCAAACCUCCAACGACGGCGAAGUCCUAUGCAGGUUAUGUGGGAAGGUAGCUGAGAGCGUUGCACAUGUACUGGAUAGAUGUUCCUCCCUGGAACAAACCAAGUACCUAUGCAGGCAUAAUGCAGCUUUGAAGAUUCUGUUUUUUGAGCUCCUGCGAGAGAAUGGGUUGAUAGAAGAGGUUCCACCAUGGUACUCAAUCGGUGAUGCCAAAACCAGCCUACCAGAACAGCACGAGUAAGGUGUUUUGGGAUAUUCCCAUCUAUGCAGAGCACAACGAAGUUAGAGCAAAUCGGAUCUAAGCGCAACUUGUCAGCCACGAGAGGAAAGACGUCUGCACAAUUGAAAUGAGCUGCCCGUGGACUGAGAGUAGAGCCAAGAAAGGUGAAGAAAGGACACUCAAGUAUGGGCCCAUGAUGUGGAAGCUGAAGCAGAGAUACAAUGGUUACAGGGUUGAACAGUACAACGUAAUAAUUGACGUACUGGGUGGUUACUCUGAACACCUACUGUAAAUAAGUUGGUGAGGAAGCUAAUAUGAGCGAGAGCACCGGGCGUACUUUAGCGGAUGCAGAAGUCGGUCAUCUCAAACACUUUGAACAUUACCAGAACAUUUAAGAUCAUAAAUACUUUGUUAGGGCGCUAAGGACACCAGAUUUUAAGUUUUUUUUCCCAGAAAUUCAGAAACACAAGUGUCGCAAAACCUGUAUUUACUGAUGUUUUUACUUAGAUUUUAUAGAGUAUGAGUUUGAUAUUAUUCUAGAUAGGCUUCUAGUAGAGUUGACCAUGUUAUGAUGGCCUCGUGUAGGUUUAUAAGAGAAAAUGAGAGUAUAAAAACUGAGUAAUUUUCUAAAUAGGCUUCUAGUAGAGAUAAUUAUAUCAUCAUGCCUUUGCGUAGGUUUUACAAGGUAUAAGAAUUUUAAAAUAUUCUAAAUUGGCUUUUUAAAUAGAGAGAUUCAUAUCAUUAUGUAUUUUAGGAUAGUCUUAGGUCUCGUACCAAACUUUUUCUACUUCUAAGUAUAGUUUCUCAAGUGGUGUAGGUUACGUUAUGCGCCCUAUACUACUUAUAAAGUGGACAUUUUUUUUCUUUCAUUAGGUUCUUAUUCAAGAAACAGGAAAUAGACGACUUCUAGGAGUGGGUGUUGUUGAAAGCGAGUAUGGAAAUCAUGCCAUGCCGGGUUGGCGCAAUGGAACCGUGGGAUAUCACAUUGAUGAUGGACGAAUAUUUGAUGGAAACCCUAAAAAAGGAGUAGAGUGUGAAGGCAAGUGUUUAAUUCAUUAUUCCAUGAAAAGCGACGCAGUGAAAGCAUAUGAUGUAGAGGUUCACUUAGGGGAGACUUGUAUAUUGUUCCAGUGUGCGGACAGAAUUGUAAUGAAAACCCCUUCAAUAGACGCCAUUAGUCUUUUAAUAUUUUUCUUUUUAAUGGGUCUUUGUAUACCCUCUUACUUCUCGUGGUGACAGGUUUACUGAUUAGACGUCCUGUGCCUAUAAUGACUGGUCCGCUUCCAUUCUAGUGCCACUUUAAGCUAUUCUCGUCGCCAGAGCUACUUGGCUUAAUUUGUAGUGGACGAGAGUCAAGACCAAGUGACCAAAAGAAACGACGGGUUCUGGGAACGAGAGAGAUCUUAAACUCACUCGUUACUUGUAUUGCAUGCGCAGUUAGACGUUAUCGGUUAUCGCUCCCUUGAGUUCGUAUGGUGGCCGGCUAGCGCACCAUAACAGGUAUGAAAAGAGCCGAAGCCACGCACCACAGCAAAGAGUUCCUCUUCACUUUAGUAUACCGCGACUCUGCGUCGGUUAAGGCCGUUUGCUACAAAACGCAAUUGACGUCUUGACUUGCAGUAGAGACGCUCCGUGGCCCUUUGUCCAGGCAUCCACCUGGAGGCUGAUUUUUUUGGCUGGAUCAUAGUAAGCCAGCUUUAUGGCAUUUCUAAUGACAAGCAUCGAAACAUCGUUGAUGUGAUGAUGUCUAUUUCAAAACAAUUGCUUCUUUAACCAACUCCCUUAAUUAGGCUUUCAAGGCACUAAGUCUGGAGAUGAACAGGCCUCUUACGUAGCUAACCCGAGGAAUGUUUGCGGCUUCUGUGUAUUGGAAGGGGGUGUCAACUUCUUAAGGGCUUAAACUUUAUCAGGGUCAGGUUGCACCAGAUUGAUCAGCAAAAGCUAAUCGUGCGUUUCCCUUGAUGAAACUUAAAGUCAGUAUCCAGUAGUUUUGCAUCUAACUAUUAUCAUUUCGCGCAAGUAGAUUUUUUUCUUUUGAGCUGCCGUAGACAACAGUAUCAUCGAAGAACCUUAUCAUACCUUUCCCGCCUUCGAAGGUCUGGUCGAUUUUAGCUUGAAACACGCUCCAUGGCAUUUUAAAACCAAAGGGCAUUCGAAAUAAUCAGUAAAGGCCAAGUGGUGAGUUGAAGAUGGUUAUGCAGUUCCGCUCUUCAUCCAGCUCGACAUUUCAAAAUCUAUAUUCGGCAUCGACAUCUGGCACCUCACAGACUGGGGGAUUAUCUUGCAGAGUUAGAGUCAAGUGAUGUUCCAUUGGGAAAGUCUAGUUAGGGUCCUUUGGGUCAAAACUCUCAGCUUGUCACUCGGUUUUCUGCGGUACACCAAGCUGUUGGUCCAUGAAAUGUGUUCGCCUCGUUUCUUGACUUAACAAUUAUACCUUGUACACCAUGACACCUAGCCCCUGUUUGACAUCUUCACGCAGGCUCAGCAAUACGCGUUGUUGGCAGUGGAAAAAGGAGGGUUCUGAAUUGUCCACUGCAAUAUGUUUCUGGGACUGACAUUUUCUAAUUCUAUGAAGGCAAUCAGGAUAUCUGUAUAUUGGAGUGAAAGCUUGUAAUGAGGGUGUGUCUCCUUUAGGCUUGACCAGAGAGAGUAUGGCUAACGCAGGGAUGUUGUAGGGUUUGUCAAAUUCCUCUCCACAGUUUAGGUUGGGUUCAAAAGCUGUUGGAAAACCAAUGAGGGCUGGACCUUCUGCUUCAGUGAAGUCAGGAAGAAGGUUGCUCGCGACAGAUUUUCGGCAAAGGAAUUCAACAUUAUAUCUAAUGUAACGACAGGAAACUUCACUGCGUCAAGCGGCUUUCGGCCUGUCAAACAAAUUUGGCAGGAAAGUCGCACUCGGAGAACAACGGAACUAAAGCUCUUCGCGAGGGCGCGAGAAUUAGAAAAUAGUGAUUUGCUAAUGGAAGUUAUUGACGGGGGAAACUGCAAUUCGGUAGGGCAACUGGCUCGCUGCCGGCACUCGUUACUACUGUCAGAGGUACAGGGUCUAAUUUCCACGUCCCAAGGUACGAAAGGGUGGACAAGAACUGAGACUUCUCUGUAAUGCUGCAACUUCUUCAUUGUAGAGUAAACCUCGUAGAUAGUACUUCACACUGAACAAGCUUGUUGGUAAAUGUCGCAGGUAAUCGAUUUACAACAGUUUAAGCACCACUUUUAUACAGUCUACAGUAAACACAGGUGUUCGAUUAUCACAAAGGAACACAAAAACCUAUUCAAAAAUACACGUGCUAGCUGUACGCGUUACAAUUCGAUUGGUUAGAAGCCUUUUCCUUUAUGGUGAAAGUACAAUACUUUCUAUUUCGGUUCCUAAAUCUUUAGAAAAAACAUGUUGUAAAUCAAGCUGAAUGAAUAGAGCGCAACAGUUGUUCCUUUGAAAUGUUAAAUAUAAUAGUUCUUGUUUAACAAAGAGACAAGUACAGAAGUACACGUGUUCUGUUGAAAUUACAUGUCAGGUGUUCCAAUAUUUGUACACAUGUCACUGCCUGCUAUUUUGCAUUUGGCUAAUACACGUAUUUCAGCUGCGGAGUUUCAGAAAGAUACAAAAGAGUUUUAAAACUUAGAUUUGCUGAGUAGUGCAUAAUUGCUACAAUAACCCUCUGGUAAAACUGAAAGAUAACAUUGAAUAUCGGCUGUGACACUAAAGAACACUUCUCAGCACAAACAGAGAAUUGUAAGCUUAUACUUUUAGAUAGAGAGAGAUUUUUUUAGGUAGAUACGUUUCGUAAUGAAGGUUUCACUUGAUAUCCACAGAUAACAUACGCGUGGACCUCAACCAAAAAUUAAGCAUAAAAAAAAAAAAAAAAAAAAAAAAAAAAAGGUAAUGAAUAAAUAUACAAAAUCAAGAAAGUCCUACUUACAAACAAUAGUUACAAAUAUUAUGGUCAUGAGAGGUACGUUUUAAGUUUCAGCGAAAAUGUAUUGAUCGACUGGGCCUGUUUGAUGUAUUCUGGGAGUUCGUUCCAGCUCCUAGCUACUGAAAACCUGAAAGCAUUUUUGGCCAUACUAGUCCUAACUUUUGGUAGUAUCAAAUUGUGCUUUGCGUUUCUCGUGUCCGCAUAUAUGAAUGUCAAUAGACAUUGUAAACAUAGCUCUUACGUAAUUUACUACAAUAAACUGUAGAAAUUUCUUUGCAGACGCUAUGGCUUACAGGGGGGACUUGGUAAGCUGUACAGUCAAGUUUGAUUUGGCAAAGAAUGGAAAAGUUCCAAUCGCGUUUUACUUGAACGGAAGACAGAUCGAUCAGGACAAUAUAUCGAUGAAGUACACUGGAAGAGAGAAACUGUAUCCCUACAUUGGCAUGGGACACAAAGGAAUAAGAGUGCUGGCAAAGGUGAGAAUUUUUUUUUUUUUUUCGCAUAAGCCAAAGUUAAACUACCAUUUAACUGUAUGAAGCCAGAAUUUAAUCAGUCGGGGAGGUUAUGUCGAUUUGCCAUCGAGGUGUAUCACUGCAUAAACUUUGUGUGUGCUGCACAUGAAUAUGUUGCUGCUACAAGUCGCUCGAGUUCCUCCACUCUAUUCCAUUAAGGCAGCUGAACACAGUUUCUCUAGAAUAUGCAUUUUAACAUCUUUAUGAGGAGGUAUGCAUCCAAUACGCUUUUAAAGAAAAAAGUGCGAGGACAAGCUAAUAAGUCUAAUAGAAAUUUAUCAUGUUUUUGUCGCCUUUGACAUGAUACGUGGACCUUAGCGAGCCCAAAAGUGCUUAGCAUGCGUACUUAGGAAGCAAAGUGUGUUGUUGAUUUUCAUAAGCAAUGUAAAGAAACAACAAUGUCUUAAACUCUAUUCGUUAAAAUUUUACGAAAUUUGACAGAAAUUCUGUUCAUAUCACACUUAGCCAAUAAAAGCCCCAAAAUAAAUAUCGAACAAAGGAGUUUUGUGAUUGUCAUGGUUUCAAUGUACGUUUACCACAUGUAGUAAUUACAUGCGCACGCAUAGAUUCAUAAAAACGUGUUUGUAGUGAACCGCCAUGUUGUCCGGGUGAUGGGAUCUUAA